AUGCCGCCGAACAAUCUCAAUAAUGUCCCAGCAACGAAAGCGACAACCGUGAUGAUGUUCCACGAUCGCUACACGGCCGGUGAAACGACCGGUGGGCUGAGUGUACUGUUCACUGUGUUGUGUAUUGUGGACCUGUUCGGCGUAUUCCCUGUUGUCGCACUGCCGAAGAGUAUCAUUUCCUGCGGUAUAUAUGGAAUACCUCUAGUGAUAUCAGUUUUCGCGCUGCAACUCUACACAGCGGUGUUGCUGGGAAGGAGUUGGCUUCUAGCGCACGAAAUAUCACCAGAUAUAAGGGAGAAAAUCAGGUUUCCCUACGCAGCCAUUGCCGAGCUAGCCUUCGGCAUGAAAGCAAAGACGGUGGUAACGUUCCUUAUAGACGCGACGGUUUUUGGAGCUGGAAUACCUAAUUUUAUUUUUGCGUCCCAAAGUAUGCAGUUGUUCUGGUGGAAAAUCACGGGAGGGGAGGUGGCAGUAUCCUACUGCAUCUGGAUGAUAAUGAUCGGUCUGCUGCUGUGCCCUGUCAUGUGGCUAGGCUCGCCGAAGGACAUGAAGCCCUUAGCGCUGACGUCCGUUUUAAUAGUAACAACAGUGGCAGUGUGCACGUGGACCUGCAUCGUUCUCGACGAUACCUCGCCCCCCUCUUCCGGUGGAGUUCUCACAUACGUUCCCAGCCUCAAGGAUUUUCUUGUUGCUUACGGGAUUAUUGCUUUUCAAUUCGACAUCCACCCAAUGUUGUUGACCCUCCAAGUGGAUAUGAAGGACAGUCGGAAGAUCAACAAGGCGGUCCUCGGAGGUUUUAUGAUCACCGGUUUUAUGUUCACCGUAACAUCGCUACUGGCGGCGAAUAGAUAUGGAUUUCGCUUUGAAAAUAAUAUUUUACAAGGUAUGCCACCAUCGAUCACACUGUGCGUGGUAGCACUGUUGGUCACCCUGCAGCUUUGCUUCUCGAGCGCCGUCAGUAACUCCGCGCUGUUCCAGCACGUCGAAGACAUUUUCAAAAUACCUAGAGAAUUCUGCGUGCAACGAUGCCUCAUCCGCUCAGGGAUCGUCGCGUUAGCGGUAUUCCUCGGAGAAUCUGUACCUAGAUUCGACCUUGUCAUGGGUCUAAUUGGAUCGACUUUAACCGGACCCUUAAUGUUUAUAUUCCCACCGUUAUUUUUCUUAAGACUGUGUUAUAAAAGAACUCAAAUAAAAUCGAAUAUGACACCACCAAUUCCGAAGAAAAAGUUUGUACAUUUCGCCGAUGAACUUAUUGUCAAAAAUGGCGCGAAUGGAAUUCAUAAUGGCAGUUCUUUCCCGCUCAUUACUCACAGAUAUCAAACGAAAUAUAAGACUUUUGAUAAUGCACACGUUGACAAAAAUUCAGAUAUUGAUAUGAAUGAUUACACUGUGAGAUGGUAUGAUGUUUUGAUAGCCAUGCUAGUUAUGUUAAUGGGUAUACUAGCGACUAUUGUAGCCACAUAUACCAGUUGGUCUGACGCUAUUACUUCAGCUGAAUUUUCACAGCCAUGUUUACUGAACGCGACCGCCGCUGCAAGAACCUUCAUAGAAGCAGCUAAUCACGUUUUAUAAAUAUUUUUUAUUACUUUUCAUUGUGAUAAAUGAAACAAUCUUGAAUCUCUGAUAAACUUUCUUAACAAUUCUUUUUAUGAAUGUGAGAAAGAAUAUUUGUAUUAGAGAAAUAUAAAUAAAAUUAAAACGUUUUUGUUGUUUUAUAUAAACGUUGGUUUUAAUUUUAGUGUAAUAAGUAAUUGUUGAAUAAUUUAGAUUAGUUAUAAGAACGGAGUUAUAAAAUAAAACAUGUAAAAUUAUUAAAA